AAUUUCGCUCUGUCCUACUUUGUCCCUCCCACUUUCGUCAAUACCCAGUGGAAGGCGCACAUCAUACUUGGUGUCUUCUGCGCAGCCAUGGCAGUCCAAAUUUUCUUCCUACUUCCUGAGACGGCUGGAAAGAUCCUUCAAGAUAUCGAGGAGACGUUGAUUGAGGGCAUUCCUGCCUGGAAGAUCAAGGCCAAC